GGCUGUGCCAGGCUGUGCCGGGGACGCCGGCCGAUCCUGGAUCAGUGUGCCUGUCGCGAUUUGAUAUUCAGGGAUUUGCCAAUCAGCGGUCAAUAAGUCGCUGGCCCGCACGCAUCCAGCUCUCCUCUUUCCCUCAUCCUCGCGCCGAACUUCUUGGUGCUGGUCGCGGCGUUCCUCUCCAUCUCCUCGCAGAAGGGUACCGCCGAGUCAUCUCAGGCCUCCCGCGUCGCCUCCAAUCUCACACCUCUCCUUAUCCCGGCGUAGCUUUCGUUUUCCCCGACUUUCCUUCCUGCUCUCCGAGUCUCGCGCUAUGCGGUUCUCAACCGCACUCGCCCUUUUCGCCUGGGCAGGCUCGUCCCUGGUGGCGGCCGCUCCCUACAACGACACCCUCACCGAUUAUAACAUCAAUGAGAACAAGGACGCGACGGACCCCACCCAAUACUCCACCUCCUACCCUGGCGACAAGCAUACCGCGUCGCCCAAGAACUGGCGCGCCCUCCCCACCUACACCAUCCUCAUGGACAAGUUUGCCGAUGGCGAUCCGACAAACAACGACUACUUCGGCACCAUGUUCGAGCAGGACUGGAGGGAGACACAGUUGCGAUACGGCGGUGACUUGCGCGGACUCGUCAGCAAGCUGGACUAUCUUCAGGGCAUGGGCAUCAAGGUCAUCUUCGUUUCCGGUACUCCCUUCCUCAACAUGUUGUGGCAGGCCGACAGCUAUUCGCCGCUCGACUUCUCCGUCCUCGACCCUCACUGGGGGAACCUUGAUGACUGGAAGUAUGUUAUCGACGAAAUACACAAGCGCGAUAUGUACUACAUGGCGGAUUUCACGGUCGGCACCAUGAGUGAUCUCAUCGGCUUCAAGGGAUUCAUGAACACGAGUACACCUUUCUCGCUUGACGAAUACGACUACGUGUGGAAGCACCCGCAAUAUAUGCCUUGGGGCUUUGACGAAUACAAGGAUUUCACUCCUGGCAACGACCGAAACGCGUCUUGCACUCUCCCCAACCUCUGGCUCGACUCCGGGGAGGUCGUCACCGUCGAGACGAACGGCUGCCGCGAGUCCGAUUUCGAUCAGUACGGUGACAUGGAGGCUUUCGGUGUGCACCCCGAUUGGCAACGUCAGCUCUCCAAGUUCGCCUCCGUGCAAGAUCGUCUCCGCGAAUGGCGCCCUGAGGUCAUGGCCAAGCUUACGGUCUUCUCCUGCAUGGCUAUCAACAAGCUCGAUAUCGACGCCAUCCGUAUCGACAAGGCCACGCAGGUCACGGUCGAUGCCCUCGCGUCGUGGGCGGCCAGCACCCGUGCUUGUGCUGCUGACCUCGGCAAGGAUAACUUCUUCAUCCCGGGUGAGGUCACUGGUGGUGAUCGCUUCGGUUCGCUCUACAUUGGCCGUGGACGCACCACAACCCAGUUGCCCGGUGGUUUCGACGCGGCAGUCAAUGUCACCAGCUCGGACAGCCAGUUCUUCCUCCGCGACGCCCCGUUGAAUGCGCUAGAUGCCGUUGCCUUCCACUACUCGUUUUAUCGCUCUCUUGCCCGUUUCUUGGGAAUGGACGGUAACCUCCAGGUCGCGUACGAUGUCGACGUCAACUUCGUCACCGCGUGGAAUCAGAUGAUGGUCAACAACGAUUUCCUCAAUUCCGGUAGUGGUGACCUCGAUCCUCGCCACAUGUACGGCACGAGCAACUUCGAUAUCUUCCGAUGGCCCAGUCUUGAGAACGGCACACAAAGGAGUGUUCUCGGGACUUUCCUCGCAACCCUGGUCAUGCCGGGUAUCCCGCUGCUGUACUUCGGCGAGGAGCAGAACUUCUACACGUACGAUUCCACUGCAUCCAACUAUCUCUACGGUCGUCAAGCCAUGAUCGGGAAUAUCGCAUGGAAGCGACAUGGGUGCUACAGGCUGGGCACGGAGCAGUACUACCAUAUUCCUCUCGAGCGCGCCCUGCUGGGCUGCCAUGAUGAGUGGAACGCUCUUGACCACUUCGACCCCACCGCCAACUCGCGUCGCAUGUUCGCCCAGUUUAACCGCCUACGGUCCGUAUACGGUGCCCUGCAGGACGGUUUUGGUCUUAUCCAGAACGGUAACUGGACAUACUUCAUCGAACGCGCGGGCUCGAACGGCACACAGACGGAGAUGGGUCUUUGGUCUGUGUCGCGCCAGGGCCUGACCUCGCAGACGCUGGAGGGACAGCACAACGACGUUGUCUGGAUGCUCUUCACGAACGAGAACGCGACGAAGACGUACACAUACGACUGCUACGACCAGCAGCUGUGGAUCUCGACGCCCUUCCAGGCGGGGACGACUGUUCGCAACCUUUUCGCCCCGUACGAGACAUACCAGCUUACGGAGUCCGCGUCGCCGUUCUACGACGACGGCAAGGAGCCGUACCGUGGCUGUCUUGGCUCCGUUACGAUGGACGGCUACGGCUUCAAGGCGCUCGUUCCCGAGGACCAGUGGGUCGCGCCACUUCCUGCGCUCACGAAGUUCACGCCCGGGCACGACCAUCGAAUCCUGUCCACGUCCGACUCAGUCGACAUCAGCCUGGAGUUCAAUGUCGAGAUGGACUGCGACAGCGUCACGAACGCGGUCUCGCUCAACAUGUCCUCGUCUGGUCAUGGGGAUGCGCCGUCGGUUGCGAACAUCAGCUGCGGUGCGGUGCAGAACCCGGAUGCCACGAUCAUCCCCGGUGAUACGGUCUCCGCCUGGGCGUGGUCGGCGACCCUCAACAACUUCCCCGAUGGUGUCCUCGAGAUCAAGCUCGACAACCCGCAGGGCGCCAAUGGUGGUAACACGACCAACGCCGUCGACCAUCUCCUGCUCCGUAAGGGCCAGUCGCAGAACGUCAUGGUCUUCCCGGACAACGACUAUCAUAACGACGCGUUUUCGAAGAAGGACGGCAAGUACGUCUUCGAGCACCAAGCAUUCGGUGCCGACCUCUUCCGCUAUUCUGCCGAUUUCGGUCAGAACUGGACGGAAUGGAAGAGCUGGGAGGACACGACCACGAUCGACGCUGAUGUCUUCGAGAACGACGAGGCUUGGUGGGAUGGCGCUCACAUUAUGGUGCAAUACUGGAGCGAGUUCACGCUGUCGACGUCCCACGUCACGCACGCCGAUACUGGUUACGAUGGUGCUGAGCGCCGCGUACCUCAGUUCCUGGCUCGCGGUCCUUUUAACCAGUGGGGCUACGACAAGGGUAUUAGCUCGUUGAUGUCCCAGAACGACGACGGCCAGUGGGAGCUUGAGAUCAUGGCAUCCUGGCCGACGUACGUGCAGCUCAACGUCUGGGGCUUCGACGACUUUUACUACGGUGACACGGAUGGCGAUGGUGUCCUCGACCGUUUGCCGCCGAACACGGCUGCUGCGAAUUACCUCAACAUGUCCGCGCCGCCGUCGCCGCAUCUAUCGUGGUCGCUCCUGGUCGAUGACCGCACCAUGACCUGGACGUUGAAGCCUCGCGGUCACUCGUCCGUCGGUGCGACGUGCUAUGCUCUGCUGCUCGCCAUCCCGUUGGCCACUGGUACUCUCGCCGUCCUCAUCUUCAUGUGGUCCUUCUACGGCAUCAAGCACAACCAAUUCGGUGUCGAGCCCAAGGACAAGUCGUACCUCCCCAUCAUCGGAGGCAUGUUUGGCAGAGGCUCGAAGAACAAGUCCGACGAGGACGCUGGCCACCACAUGACGGAGAAGCUCUUCCACGGUGUCAAGCCCAACACGGAGAUGAUCGGCUGGCCGGAGGACAAGAACAAGCGCCGCAAGGUCCUGAUCGCGACCCUUGAGUAUGAGAUUAUCGACUGGAAGUUGAAGGUUAAGAUCGGUGGUCUUGGUGUCAUGUCCAGUCUUAUGGGCAAGGCGAUGACGGAUGUCGACCUUAUUUGGGUUAUUCCUAAGGUCAAGGACCUCGAGUACCCGGCCGGCGAUCCUGCGGAGCCCAUCGAGGUCAUCAUCUUCGGCGAGCCGUAUCUCAUCGAGGUCGAGACGCACGUCCUGGACAACAUCACCUAUGUCAUCCUCGACAGCCCCGUCUUCCGCGCUCAGACCAAGGCCGACCCGUACCCCCAGCGCAUGGACGACCUCAGCUCCGCCAUCUUCUACUCGACGUGGAACCAGGCCAUCGCCGCCACGAUCCGCCGUUUCCCGACCAUCGACAUCUACCACAUCAAUGACUACCAUGGCGCGCUCGCACCCAUCUACCUCUUGCCCAAGGUCAUCCCCGUCUGUCUCUCGCUGCAUAACGCCGAGUUCCAGGGUCUCUGGCCUCUGCGCACGAAGGAGGAGAUGAAGGAGGUCUGCUCGGCGUUCAACAUCAGCAAGGAGCACUGCACGAAAUACGUCCAGUUCGGCAACACGUUCAACUUGUUGCACGCGGCGGCCUCGUUUAUCAGCGUCCACCAGAAGAGUGUCGGCGUCGCCGGUGUGUCUGACAAGUACGGCAAGCGCUCGUGGGCUCGUUACCCGGCGCUUUGGACGCUCAAGCAUGUCGACUCGCUCCCGAACCCGGAUCCUACGGAUAUCGCGGCGCUGGACGAGAAGCCUACGGAUGUUCACAACGUGCAGAUCGACCAAGCAGCUGAGGCUCAGCGUCCGGAGCACAAGCGCCAGGCGCAGGAGUGGGCGGGCAUCAAGCAGGACCCCAACUCGGAUCUCUUCGUGUUCGUCGGUCGUUGGUCCAAGCAGAAGGGUGUUGAUGUUAUCGCGGAUGUCAUGCCGUCUCUUCUUGAGAAGCGUCCCUCGAUCCAGCUCAUCUGUGUCGGUCCCGUCAUUGAUCUUUACGGACGCUUCGCUGCUGAGAAGUUGGCGCGCUUGAUGGAGCUGUACCCGGACCGUGUCUUCUCCAAGCCGGAGUUCACUGCUCUGCCGCCGUACCUGUUCAGUGGUGCCGACUUCGCGCUCAUCCCGUCUCGUGAUGAGCCGUUCGGUCUUGUCGCUGUCGAGUUCGGUAGGAAGGGUGCUCUCGGUGUCGGUUCUCGUCUCGGUGGUCUCGGUCUCAUGCCUGGUUGGUGGUACCCCGUCGAAUCCAGCUCUACGCAGCACAUGUUGUCGCAGCUCACGAAGACGAUCAAGAUGGCGCUCAAGUCUACGGAAGAGGAGCGUGCUAUUCUUCGUGCGCGCUCUGCUGUCCAGCGUUUCCCUGUCGUCGAGUGGCGCCAGCGUACGGAGGACUUCCACAAGCGGUCGAUCACCAUCAGUCGUGCUCUUGCCGGUCCCAAUGCCUGGCGCGAAAGCGACUGCGAUGGCGGCGCUCCUCGUGUCAUCGCGGAUACUGACGAUUGGCAACCGGAGAACCAGGCAUACCCUCAGCAACCCGAGUGGGACAGGAACAGCGUGAUGUCCGGCAUGGAGAGCCCGCGCAGCCCGUAUGGCUCGAUGACGCCCACCAUGCCUCCACCAUCUCCCGGCGGCAACGGCGACUACCUGAGCGCGGCACCUCGUUACGGCGGCCAAAACAGGUCGUCCUACCAAUCGGCAUCAGAAGAGAGCGGAGACUACUUCAGCAACUCGCAACACUCGCGGGCAAGCACAGCGGUCGAAAGCCCUGGCGGCUACGGAAACUUCCUGGAGAAGGCGAACCGCGUCAUUGGCCGUGAUCAGCGUCAUGCGCCGGAUCCGUUCCUCGACGGCGCUCUCACUGCACCUCAGCGACCAUUCGGCGGACACUCGCGUGUAUCGUCGGUGGAGUCCAUUUCAUCCAUUGUCGAUGAGAAGGCCAACUCGCCGCUCAACAAGGCCAUCGCAUCUUUCACCGACUCUGACGGCGGUGUCGCUGCCGAGUUCGUCCAGAAGUUGCAGGAUCUCAACUCGAAGAACUCGGAACACGAACUCUGUAUCGAGAAGUUCUUGAUGAAGCAAGAAGAGGCUUUCUUUGGACGUGUCAAGAAGGAGAAGCUCGAUGCUGCCAGCAUUCGCUCAAGCAACCGUGACUCCGUUUGGGGCACGCCUUCACCUUCACUCUACUCUCACCCAUCUUCUCCAAGCACCGCUGGUUUCCCGUCUGCUUACUCUUCGGAUUACGAUGGAGGAUACAAGCCGGAACCGCCACAGGACAAGCCCAUGACGCACCUCCAGGUCACCAUGGCUCGCGAGAUUGGAGGCUGGCCGUUAUACGCCAUCAUCAUGGGUCUUGGCCAGAUGCUUAGCGCGACGAGUUUCCAGAUUACCUUGCUCAGUGGUCGCAACUGGCAAGACGACAUCCAGCUGUACGUGCUUGGUGGCGUCUUCCUCGCCGCCUCUGCUGUCUGGUACCCGCUCUUCCGCAUGAAGCCGUCCGUCUGGGUCCUCUCUCUGCCCUGGGCGUUCUUCGGUCUGGCCUUCCUCCUCAUCGGUCUCCCGUCCGUUGCCGAAGCAUUGCAUCCCGCUCACCAUAUCAUGGCGAGUGUGGCUACAUGGUGCUACGCCGUCGCGUCCGCUGCCUCGUUCUGCUUCUUCGGUCUCAACUUCGGUGAGGAGGCUGGUGCGGCGACGGAGGUGUGGACGCUUCGUGCGUGUAUCGUGCAGGGCUCUCAGCAGAUCUGGGUGGCAGCCUUGUGGUACUGGGGCUACAUGCUCAAUGGCAAGACGGAGGAGUACAUCCCACCAUGGUGGAUCGUUCUCAUUGUCUUCCCGCUGGCCAUCAUGAGCUUCGCGUUCGCGUACCUCAUGUGGUUCGGUCUGCCCGAGUACUAUCGUCAAACCCCGCCCAAGGUCCCGCACUUCUACGCGACGCUCGCCCGCAGAAAGCUCGUGCUCUGGUUCCUGGCUUCUGAGAUCCUCCGUGACUACUGGCUGAGUGGGCCUUACGGUCGUAACUGGAGCUUCCUCUGGAGUGUCAACAUUCCGAAGUGGCACAUCCUCAUCCUCAUCAUCGUCUUCUUCAUCUUCGUCUGGGCGGCCAUGAUGUUCGUGUUGACGCACUUCAGCAAGACGCAUACAUGGUUGUUGCCUGUCUUCGCUGUCGGUCUCGGUGCGCCGCGUUGGUGCCAGAUGAUGUGGGGUACCUCGUCGCUUGCCCUGUACAUCCCGUGGGCGGGUAACUCUGGUCCCUACCUCGGAAUCUCGCUCUGGCUAUGGCUUGGUGUCUUGGACGCUGUACAGGGUGUCGGUCUUGGUAUGAUCCUGCUUCAGACCUUGUCACGAUUGCACGUCUGCGCGACGCUCGCCUUCUCGCAAAUCAUUGGAUCAGUCUGCGUGAUGGUUGCGCGUGCAACAGCACCCAACGCCAUCGGCCCAGAAAGUGUCUUCCCCGACGCGGCGAAGUGGGACUUCGAAGACGGGCUCAGCGGCAGUCCCAUGGCGGCACCCUUGUUCUGGGUCGCCUUGGUCUGCCAACUCAUUAUUGUAUUCGGCUACUUCUGGUUCUACAGAAAGGAGCAGCUUUCUCGGCCAUGAUCAACCUUCGCUUUCUCCCGGGCAUUCUAUCAUAAAACCGUUCACCAUAAUAUUGCUCUGUUUGGGUUUCGUGUCGCCGGCUCAUGGACUGUCGUGUCGUGUCAAGGACUUGUUUGUUCUAAUUUCCGUACGUGAUAUACUGGCUGCUCGCUAUCAUCUAUCCGCUCCUUAGAAGACCACUGUUCGAAUAAUGGAUGAUCAGGCAGGGAUCUCUACUAUAUACGCUAUACAUGCGCGGUCGGCAGUGCGCUGGCCCUUUGGCGUUGUGUUACUACUACUCUGUACUUUCGGUUCUGGAAUGGCAUUUUUUCCUGCAGGA